AGACCGAACGAAGGGGGCAAGGGGAAGGGAUAAUCAGAGGAGAGAGAGAUAGAGAGAUAAAUAAUGGGAGCGGAAGUACCCUUGCCCACGUACGAGGAGGCUCCACCUCUCAUUCUCGGACUGCAACCGGCGGCCCUGGCUGAUCACGUGGCACGUGUCGACUGGUCCCUGCUCGAUCAAGUCCCCGGUGAGCGUGGUGGCUCAAUUCCGGUUGAAAUUGAGGAGCUUGAGCAUAUAUUAAGAGAGGUGGAAACCCAUAUUCUAUCCUUGCCCAGCGAACGUUCUCCUAUUAAGACUAUAGCUGGGGGAAGUGUUGCCAAUACAAUUCGAGGAUUGAGUGCAGGCUUUGGGAUCUCUUGUGGAAUUAUUGGUGCCUAUGGAGAUGAUGAGCAGGGCCAGUUAUUUGUGCGUAACAUGAGCUUCAGUGGAGUCAACCUCUCAAGAAUGAGGAUGAAGAAGGGAACCACAGCUCAGUGUGUUUGCCUGGUUGAUGCAUCAGGAAAUCGUACAAUGCGACCCUGUCUCUCAAAUGCCGUAAAAGUUCAGGCUGAUGAGUUAAGCUUGGAGGAUUUUAAGGGCUCCAAGUGGUUGGUUCUAAGGUAUGCAAUAUUUAACAUAGAAGCUAUUCAAGCAGCAAUUCAUACUGCGAAGCAAGAAGGUGUCCGUGUCUCCUUGGAUUUGGCCAGUUUUGAGAUGGUUCGGAGAUUUAGAUUGCCUCUUAUUCAGUUACUCGAGAGCGGGAAUAUAGACCUCUGUUUUGCCAAUGAAGAUGAAGCAACAGAACUGCUGAGGGGUGAAAAAGAUGUAAAUCCUGAGGCAGCGCUUGAAUUUUUAGCAAAUCACUGCAAGUGGGCUGUUGUGACAUUAGGUUCGAAAGGUUGCAUUGCAAAACAUGGUAAAGAGGUGGUUCAAGUUCCUGCAAUAGGGGAAGUCAAUGCCAUUGAUGCCACUGGCGCAGGAGACCUGUUUGCUUGCGGUUUUUUAUAUGGACUGGUAAAGGGGUUAUCUCUUGAGGAUUGCUGCAAAGUGGGUUCAUGCAGUGGUGGUUCUGUCAUUCGUGCCCUUGGGGGUGAGGUGACCCCGGAGAAUUGGCAGUGGAUGUAUAAGCAGAUGCAGAUGGAGGGCCUCCCAAUUCCUAAUAUUCGCAACUGAAUCACCUUAAUAGUUAGAACUUGACUUUAUCUCACAAGUUAAUUUUGAUUCUCUGUUCAUUUCAAAGCAAAGGGCAGUUUGUGGUUGCAUUUUGGGGCUGAUUUGACGAAAUCCUUGAAUGUGGUUAAUGGAAAUUUCAUGUUUGCAAGGACUUCAUUCCAGCUGAUGAGCUUUUAUUGCAUGAGGGGGCAAAAGAAACCGUCAAGCCACAAGGCAUGAGCGUAUAUAUGUUUUCAUCUCACGAUAUGAUAAAUCCAAAGCAUGGUCACAAGGGUAAUCCUAGAGAUAGCCAGGACAUUGUUGGACCUACCAGAGAGAUUUACCACAAAAAUAUUACCUAAGUGGUUUAUAUUGUGAAAGUUUUCCAACUAGUAUUAUAUCUGAGAUCAAUGUGAAAAUUUGCUCA